CAGCUCAAGCGUCCCCUGAUUCUGAGAUGCAAUCGCUGUUGAUGGAUCAGGGGCAGACUGACCAUUUGGAAACUCGGGCACUGCCCGAGGGCCUGGGGUCAGUAGGGGGCCCCAUGAGAUGCCCCUGGUACCUUUUGCAUAGGCUUUUUGAGUUUGCGCAAGGACACAGGAGCCCCAUGAUCCCCUAUUGCCCGGGGGCCCCAUGAGUUGUCAGUCCGCCCCUGUGCAACAACACCCUUGACUCCCACCCGAGAGAGCCUUCCACUACCCCUCCCCCAAACACCAGCCACCACCCGCAU